ACCGCUUUGGCACCCUCAGCCUCUUCACUCGCUCUGUACAUUUUGGUGUUUUUCUUUUAACCAGCACUUUGUAUCUCGCGUACACAUCUAAAUCGUGCAAGGAUCUUAUACUCGCGUUUCGUGUAUAUCUGCACGAGAUUGAUCGAUUAGAGUUCGAGACGUCAUUUAUUCGUAGAUAAGAUGAGCAAGGACGACGAGUACGAUUACCUUUUUAAGGUUGUUCUUAUCGGCGACUCGGGGGUUGGAAAAUCCAACCUUCUCGGCCGAUUCACCAGGAACGAAUUCAACCUCGAAUCCAAAUCUACCAUUGGGGUUGAGUUUGCGACGCGAAGCAUAAACGUUGAUGGAAAGGUCAUUAAAGCACAGAUUUGGGAUACGGCUGGGCAGGAGCGGUACAGAGCUAUUACGAGCGCUUAUUACCGUGGAGCUGUCGGUGCUCUCCUUGUAUACGACAUUGCAAAACAACAAACCUACGAGAACGUGAACCGUUGGUUAAAGGAGUUGCGAGACCAUGCUGAUACCAACAUCGUUAUUAUGUUGGUGGGGAACAAGAGUGAUUUGAAGUAUGCAAGGGCGGUGCCAACGGAGGAGGCUAAGCAGUUUGCCACCGAAAAUGGUCUCUCUUUCAUCGAGACUUCUGCUCUGGAUGCGACAAACGUUGAGCUUGCGUUCCAAAAAAUUUUGACGGAAAUCUACCGAAUUGUUUCCAACAAGGCGCUCGAAUCGGAAAACAACGAGCGUGGCGCAGGGCCUGGAGCUGGGCAGACCAUCACCGUUGCUCCAACAGACACGAAUGCUCCGAAAAAGGCGGGAGGAUGCUGCUAGAUUGGGGGAUCUGUGUGCUGAUCCUUGUGCGUUUGUGUGUGGUUUAAAACUUUUCUCUAUAGUGUUAGCGAAUAUUGCCAAGUCUUUUUCUACCUUGCGUGUUUCUUUGGAAGGGGUGCAUGUGCAAAGAGUUUGACUGGACACUUGUGCUAGGGAGUGGAAGUGGGAGAUCGUCAUCUCCUUCUUGUUCAAUGGAUGGCUUGCGGGCGCCCGGUGCAAAUACCUGUAAUUGCGCCAGGUUUGCCAGUAUUCUCAAAGCUAGAACCGCUUGAUGCAGUUCCAAC